GUUAUUUAUUUUCUCUCUCUUUCACUUUUUGAUUGUUUCGUUUUUGGGAAGCGAGGUGUCUAGAGGCGUUUUUUUUUGCCUUCCUUUUUUUGGUUACAUUUUCUUUUGGGUUCAUUAUCAAUUUGUUUGUUUUUCAGCAUUUGCAUGGAACGGGGACGGUUGGGGGAUGAGUGAUGAGAUAGGAUGGCGGGUGGUAGUUGGCGGACGGCGGAUGGGGCGAAUCCAGUUUACGAGAUAUGAUACCAGAUACAUUAACUGACGAUUUUGAUGACGGGGGUGUUUUUUUUACUUUAUCUUCCUAUUUAUCUACUUUCUUGCGUUCAUUCACACUCAUAUCUUUCUUACUUACACCAGCCAUAUACAAGGGGGGGAGCGAUAAUUGUUUUGGUCUCAUGUACCUUUUUUUCUUUUGUUUAUUUUUUUAGUUACUCAUAUCAUACCUACUACAUACUCAGACUGUAUAUCAUGGGGGAGAAAGGGG